GCUAAGUGGUUGCGUUGGUUCGCGUCGCUUUGUCGCGCAGAUCAGAUUUUGUGAUUAAAAACGCAUAAAUUAAUUGAUCAUAUUAAAACAUACAGCUAAUAAAUGUUUGCAAUAAAAGCACAAAAAAUUGUAUAAAUUAAAUCCAAUGUGAGCUGCGAGCACAAAAUUAGUUAAAAUAACGAGUUCACAACUAAGAAAAUGGCGGCGUAGCAAACAAUAAAAAGUAGCGACAGCAACAACAACUCGGGAACAACUACGUAAGCAGCGCAGCUUAAUAAACUCUUUUCGGCUGCACAAAAAAUUAAUCUGGUUUUAUGUUUUACUUUUAUGAGUCGCGCGCGCGCCAUUUGUAUCUGUGCAUUUGUGUGCGUGAGUGUGAGUGAAAGAGUGCUGGAAGAAAAUACCAUAAAAACAGGCAACGACAAAUACAAUAAUUAAUGCCCUGUUACAGUUUUUACAUUUGUUUACUUUUGUGUGUCAACUUUCGUCGCGGUUGUGUUUUAAUGUGAUUAACUUGCUCUUUGUUAUUGGUCUUUUUUGUUGGAAAUUGAAAGAGGCAAACAGUGAGAAAAAUAGAUUUUCCAUACAAACUAAAGGAGUCGCUGCAGCUAAUUUGGCCAGCGCGGCCAGCAGUCACAGAAGCGCGCCAUGCAUCGCUCACUGAAGCCGCACGCAUCGACGGCACAAGCUAAAAAGGUACAGCCGCCCACAAUACCAGGAGAUCAACAGCCGACGCCCGGCUCACCCCUUGGCGGACAUCAUCAGCCCCUGAUACCGCUCUACCGGCUGAGCGGGCCACUGCGACACCAUCAACAGCAACAACAGCAGCAGCAGCAGCAGCAGCCACAACAGCAUCUACAACAUCUUCAGCAACUGGACGAUGGGAUUGGGAGCAUGAGUGGGAGCAGCAUUGUCUCGUCGCCCUCGCUGGAGGAGGGCGGCUUCAAUCUGCCGCGCGAGACGAGCGUGGCGCUGCGCCUAAAGGAUGAGCCAAUCGUUGGCGCUGGAGUAACUGCAGCAGCAGCAGCGGCAGCAGCUGCAGGUGUUAGCUCUGGCAGCAAACAGGCUCCGGCGCAGACGACGCUGCCGCCCAGCAUUGUGGCCUGUCCACCGCCCGUAUUCUGCGCGACGCUGCGCGAGCCGCUCACCCACAAGGCGGCGGUCUACUAUCACCAGCAGCUGGCGCUGCAGGAGGAUCAGGGCAUUGAUCUGACCCAAUCGCCUGGUCGCGAUUCGCCUGGCUCAUCGUCGGGCUCGGCCGGUUCGGGGUCGCGGCACAGCACCGCCAGCUUGGACUCGGGUCGUGCCUCAUCAUAUUUAACGGGCGUCUCCUCAUCGGGCGCCUCGAUACGUGCGCCGCUCUCCUCGCCCCGCUGCAGCUCCGUCAGCUCCUGCUCGAUCGGCAGCGUGGAUCGGCAGCGCAACGAUGAGCUCAUCAUCGAUUGGCUGCUCGAAAUGAAGCACGAGGAGUACGCUCAGCUAUUCAUAGCCGCCGGCUACGAUUUGCCAACAAUUGCACGGAUGACACCCGAGGAUCUCACCGCCAUCGGCAUCAAGAAUCCGCAUCAUCGCGAACGCAUCAAGCAGCGCAUCGACAAGCUGCAGGUGCUCGACAACCUGCCACACUUUGUGCCGGGUUCAAUUGAGGAAUGGCUGCAGCUGUUGCGCCUGGAGGAGUACAUACAGCCGCUGCUCGAGCAGAACUACAAGACAGUGCGCGAUGUCACCCAAGUGACCUGGGAGGAUCUCGAGGACAUUGGCAUUGUCAAGCUGGGCCAUCAGAAGAAAAUAUUGCUGGCCAUCAAGCGGGUCAAGGACAUUAUCAGCGGCAAGUGGAAUCCCGGCGGCGCCAAUGCCUAUCAGCAACAGGAAUACCAGCGCAAGCCCUGGCAAUUCAACGUGCCCAUACCCAGUACGCCAUCCUAUGUGCCAACGACGCGCGUCUCCUGGGACGACACAAAGAUCUAUGCGACGAGCGCGAACAGCGCGAAUGCCUUGGCCAAUGGGCUGAAUGGCUGCCACAGAAGUGGCCUGGGCACUGUGGGUGGGGGCGAUGCCUACUACUGCACGGGCAGCAAUCACGAGUGCUGCAACGGCAACGAUGUGGUGCUCAUUAAGGUGCGUCAGCCACGUGGCAAGAGCCUGGAAUCGCUCGAGGAUAUCCACGACAACAGCACGCGCAGCCAUUUGACCUUUAGCCACUAUACGACCACGGACUAUGGACAUUUCGGGCCGCCCACGACAGCGGCAGCAGCAGCAGCCAUGGCAGCUGCCGCCUCACUGCAACAGCAGCAGCAGCAGCAUCAUCAGCUGCUGCAACAGCAGCAGCAGCAGGCGGCUGCAGCACGUCUGCUGGGCAGCAAUGCGGCAGCCAUGGCCUGGCGACGUUCCUACGACGAUGGCGACAUAACACCCACCAACGAUGCCACGCGCGAGCUGCUCUACGAGGAGGGCGGCGGCACGCUGCCACGGCAGCAGCGCGGCAUACUGCAACGCGCCGUGCUGAAUACGAUGCCGCCACUGGAGCAUCAUCACUACAUGAAUGCGGCGGCGGCGGCCGAGUAUGUGACAGCCGGUGGUGCUGAUGGUGCAACAUCCUAUUUGAGCGGCAGCCCCUUGACGGGCAAGAAGAUUGCGCCGGAGCCGCCGCGGCGUCACUGCAGCAUACGCAAUUCCCGGCAGUUGAGCACGGAUGGCUCGCAGCAGGCGCCAGUUGCCGGAGUGAACCAACAGCAGCAGCAGCAGCAACAGCAACAGCAGCAGCAACAACAGCAGCAGCAACAGCACAUGUUCUAUGGCCACACGGCACAGCACUGGCAGCAGCAGCAGCAGGCGGCCGGCCUGAAUGCCCAGCAGCAGCCGAUCUAUGCCAACUAUGCGACCAUACAGCAGACAACGGCCGAGAUACACUGCGAGAAGUAUCAUGACAAUAAAUCGAAUUCCAGCAUCGAUUCGAUUGAUACGAUACCGUUUGCCAAUGAGAACACCGGCACCAUCAAGCAGCGUCUGCUCAAUCGCCAGGAGCUGCCGGGCAUCGGCGGUGCAGCGGGAUCGAGUGCUGGACAUCAUGCGGCCGGCACGCAUCUGCAUUCCUCCAGCUCCAGUUCCAGUUCGUCGUCGACGAACACCAUUGCCAAUAUAGCGCACUCGUUCCACUCGCUGAAAUCUUCCAGUUCGCUGCACGAUGCCACAAUGGCGCGCAGCGACAGCAUGAAUAGCACCGCAAGCGCUGGCAGCAGCGCGCUGCACUUGCGCUCACCCACCCUAGAUAUGGCCAGUGGUGCUGGCAGUGGCAUCAUUGAGUCUGCCUCAUCACCAGAGCCAACGGCAGCUGUGCCAGCAGGAGUCACUUCUGCUGCUGCUGCUGCUGCACCGACCACUGUCAAUGCGGUGCCGCCAAAGGUGUCGGUCAAUGUGCUCAACGACAUUGGCAACAUGUUGGCCAAUUUAACAGAUGAGCUCGACGCCAUGCUCGAGGAGGAGAAGCGAGUGGGUCUCAACAUAGACAGUGAGUAAGGGCAGAGGCGCGCUCCGCCAUCGCAGCAGCAACAACAAACAAUCCGAACACAGAAAGUUUCCUUAAGAUGAACACCCGCAACUCGUGUCCCGAGCAACAUUCACGUAGUGUAGCUGAAUUGUUUGUAAACGUAAACAUAAACGUGUAAUGUGUUUUUUUUAGUUUGCUGUCCCGCGUCGAUUUACAGUUAUGUUUUUAUAUCAUUUGUCUAGUUCUUAUUGAUGUCUUAGUUAUAAUUGAAUUGCCUAAGUCGAAAGGCUCUGCAUAGGUGCAUCAAAUGUAGUUAUAUCAAUAAUUGGUCUACUUAUGUUAUGGCAGUCUUAGAGCUGAACUAAAUUUAGUUAAUUAUCUGUUAAACU